GUACUUCCUCCGUGAAGAACGCAAUUUAAUUGUGUGGAAGUAUUAGCACAAUAAUUUGGCAUGGCGACGGUUCUCCGAAACUCUUCUUGUCUUCUAUCUCGUCUACCUUUCUCCAGCUUCCAAUCUCCAUGGCUUCUCUCCUUGAGAUCUCUGUCUCAAUCUCUCCAGACCUUGGCGUGCCAAGAGAUCCAAGCUUCCGAGAAGCCCUACGAUUCUACAGUUCUUGUACUCCACGGCUUGUUGGGAUCCGGCCGGAAUUGGAUGACCUUUUCACGAAAUCUCCUCUUGGAGCUCCAAAAAUCUUCUCCUUCUAAUGAGUGGAGGAUGGUUCUUGUGGAUUUGAGGAAUCAUGGGAGAUCAGCUGGUUUAAAGGGGUUUGACCCUCCACAUGAUAUGGUUAAUGCAGCAAAAGAUUUGUCUAAUCUGGUGAAACAUCAUGGCUGGGCAUGGCCUGAAGUUGUCAUAGGCCAUUCCAUGGGUGGUAAGGUGGGAUUGGAAUUCAUUGCCAGUUGUGCUCGUGGAGACUAUGGAGAUUCGGCGGUUCUACCCAAGCAGCUAUGGGUGUUGGAUUCAGACUCUGGACAAGUAAAAAGCAAUGGUGGUGAUGAAGUAGAAAAAGUCUUGCAAACUUUGCAGAGCCUGCCUUCCUCAUUACUAUCACGAAAGUGGGUUGUUGACCAUAUGAUCCAACUUGGAUUUUCGAGGUCACUCUCCGAGUGGAUUGGGAGCAACGUAAAGAAAUCUGGUGAACACUAUACCUGGGCUUUUGAUCUUCAAGCUGCUAUCGACAUGUUCAAUUCCUACAGGGAAAAGAGCUAUUGGUCUCUGUUGGAGCACCCUCCAAAGGAUGUGAAGAUUGAAAUUGUGCGGGCCGAGAACAGCGAUAGAUGGGAUGAGCAUAUACUUCAAAAGCUAUCAAGCCUGACCGAGAAGGAAGAACGGUUUGAUGAGGGAAAGGUUUCACUCCAUGUUCUUCCAAACUCUGGUCAUUGGGUUCAUGUUGAUAAUCCCAAGGGUUUACUAGAGAUAAUAUUGUCAAAUUUUAUUUCCAAAUGACUGAAGAGCAACCGCAAGACAAACUGAUUUAGCUAUUUUGAUUUGCCGGAGUAUUUAUCGCUAUCGAUGUCCUGUGGCAUGCCCCCCUCUCUCUUAAGGGCUCCUAAACUAAAGGACUCCCCCUUUUUUUCUUUUAUAUCUAUAAAUAAAUAACCAUAGUUAUCUAA